CUCGAAGAAGCAUGGAUGGGUUUGAUUUGUUCAAAAAACUUGGUGUCGGUGUUAAAUUUAAUAUUGAAAGGUUUCAGAAAGAUGCCGAGCGAUUUAAGUUAACCCGUCCAGCUAGCCAACAACAAAACCAAAUUGAUAAGACUCAAAAUCCAACUCCCAAAAGGAAAGCAUCCAAGGACACUGAUCAGGCAAGGAAAAAGUUCAAAGAAGAAUCUGAUGAUUCCAGUGGUGAAGAAGAUGAGUUGUAUUCAGAAGAUGACAUAGUAUCAGACAUUUCCUCAAAUAUUGAUCAAGAGACAGAGCCAGAACUGCAAUUACUUGGCAGCAUCAAGUCUCAAAAUGGAAAAAUAUCACACCAGAAGGACAGGUGUAAGAAAACAACUACUAAGGACAGCUCUUUAGAGAAACGGGUUCAGAUACAAAGAGAACAGCUCAACCAUGUUAAGAACAAGCACAGGAUCCAUACCCAUGGGACAGAUGUUCCCCGUGUGCUGGAAACUUUUGAUAAUCUUGUCGAUGAGUACAACGUUCAUCCUCAACUUGUCCAGAACAUUAAGGCUGCAGGCUAUGACCUUCCUACUCCUAUACAGAUGCAAGCUAUUCCUAUCAUGCUACAUAGAAGGGAGUUAAUGGCAUGUGCUCCAACAGGGUCAGGGAAAACAGCAGCUUUUAUCAUCCCAAUUCUUCACCACCUGAAGGAGCCAAGGAACCAGGGAUUUAGAGCUCUGGUAUUAGCUCCUACCAGAGAGUUAGCAAAACAGACAUGCAGAGAAUUUCAAAAGCUUUCCGAAGGAAGGGGCUUUAGGAUACACUAUAUUGAGAAGGCCAGCACAGCUAUUAAGAAGUUUGGCCCCAAAUCAUCUCAAAAGUUUGAUGUCCUGGUAUCAACACCCAACAGACUGGUGUAUAUGCUGAAACAAGACUGUUUACGACUUAACAGUGUUGAAUGGCUUGUGGUCGAUGAAUCUGAUAAAUUGUUUGAGGAAGGCAAGACAGGAUUCAGAGAUCAGUUAGCUGAAAUCUACAAGGCCUGUGAUGGUCCAAACUUACGACGUGCAAUGUUUAGUGCCACAUUUGCUUUUGAUGUGGAGGAAUGGUGUAAACUUAACCUGGACAAUGUCAUUCAGGCUUAUAUAGGAGCUAAGAAUUCAGCAACAGAAACUAUACAGCAAGAAUUAAAAUUUGUUGGGACAGAAUCUGGAAAACUGUUUGCUAUCAGAGAAAUAAUCCAGCAAGGUAUAGAACCACCAGUCUUAGUGUUUGUCCAGUCCAAAGAUCGUGCAAAGCAGUUGUUUCGGGAACUCAUCUACGAUGGGAUUAAUGUUGAUGCUAUACACUCGGACAGGACACAACUUCAGAGAGACAAUGUAGUGAAGAGUUUCCGGGCUGGAAAGAUCUGGAUUAUGAUUUGUACAGAACUGAUGGGCCGUGGAAUUGACUUCAAGGGAGUCAACCUGGUUAUCAAUUAUGACUUCCCAAACAGUGCAAUCAGCUAUAUCCACAGAAUAGGUAGGACAGGUCGAGCAGGGAGACCAGGAAGGGCUGUGACCUUCUUUACUGAAGACGACGUUACCAAUAUCCGCAGUAUCGCUAACAUCAUGCGAGAAGCUGGCUGUCCUGUCCCAGACUACAUGUUACAGAUAAAACGUCUGUCCAAGAAAAAGAGAAAAAAGUUGUCCAAGAGAGUGCCCAAGAGAGAUUGUAUCUCCACAAAUCUCAAAGCAAGACGCCUACAGGCAGUAAUUAAUGAAAAAAGGAAAAAGAAAUCGGAUAAAAAGUCUAAGAAAACGAAAGCAUCCAUGGAUACUGAUAUAUCAAGUGAAUUGGAUGACCAGAUUGACAAACAGAAUCUUGAACAUGCAUCUUACACAGAGUCUUCAACAGAUGGACCGAGGAAAACAAAGAAAGACAGGUCAAAAGCUCGCACUAAGAUGAAGAAGAAUAAAAAGUCAGGAAAGCCUGUAAAGUGAGAGCACUGCUGUAACUGCCAUCUGUUCAUUCAUCACUACAUCUUCAAUAAAUUGUAUACAACUUU